GAUGGGAGUUGAAGUACCUUGAAAACAAGAUAGAAAAGGCAAGCAACAGCCCAAUGUAGAACAUAAUAAAUCAUUUCUUGCUGCUUAAGUCGCAAUUGAACUUUUUUCUGAGCCACUCCAUUUCCACCUCGAAAAACCACCUUCAUCAUGACAAUCACUCACUAUCCCACCCCCCUCACAACCCAGAUCGAGAACCCUCGACUGAGACUCCUUAACAAGCUCAAAGCUGGCGACUUCCCACUUUUAACAUUCAUGGCCAUUCCCUCCGUCCGCAUGGCCCAAAUCGUCGCCCUGACAGGCCUCGACGGCAUCAUCAUCGACUGCGAGCACGGCCACAUCGGAGAUGAUGCAAUGCACAAUUCUGUCGCCGCCAUCUCCUCCCUCGGAGUAUCGCCCAUAAUCCGCAUUCGUGGCCCCGCUCACGACAUCAUCAAGCGUGCGCUUGACACCGGCGCGCACGGCAUCAUGGUCCCGCAGAUUAACAACGCCGAGGAAGCGCGGCAGAUUAUCGCUUCGUCUAAGUUCCCGCCACAGGGUGUGCGUGGGCAAGGAUCUGCUUUUCCUGCUAUUGGUCAUGGGCUCACGACACCUGAGUAUAUGCGGUCUGCGGAUGAAACGAUUGUUACCAUGAUUCAAAUCGAAACUCGUGCGGGUGUUGAGAAUGUCGAGGAUAUUUGUGCUGUGCCGGGGGUGGAUCUUGUGUUUAUCGGACCUAAUGACUUGGCGCAGUCCUUGUUGGGAUACACUCCUGCGCGUGGAGAUGAGCCUGAGUUUGUCGAUGCUGUGGAUAAGAUCAUCACUGCAGCGCGGAAGCAUGGCAAGUGGGCGGGUCGUAUGGUCAACAACGGGGGCAUGGCAAAGGAGGCUAAAAAGAGGUAUGAUAUGGUCGCUAUUACGGGCGACACGAAGGCAAUCCAGAAUUGGUACAUGGCCGAGUUUAAUAUCGCGCGGUCAUGAGAAGGGAAGUGUCGUUAAUUUAAAAUCUCUAGAUAGAAUAGUAUAUCCAUAAAAUUGAUGUUCAAUAGAUGGUUGAUCUGGAU